AUGCCGAGUCCCACCAGCGAGAACCAGGCCCCGUCUCGGUUAGGCCCUCUUUCGCCGGCGAUGCAGCUCCACCCACCUCCCUCUCCCGGCAUUCACCGAACGCUUAGGAGAUUGCAGUCGGCCCAUAGCCUGGGAGCGAAGGCCGCCGCCCAGCCCUCGCUCAUUUCGCAGCAGAGGCUCCAGCUCCAACAACAACAGCACCAGUUCCAGAAUCUGAACCAGCACCUCCAAAAACACCCUCCUGCCCCGGCACCGAGAAGCCAUGCGAGCGUCAACCGAUCGCCACAGAGAGCACGCGCCAACAGCGACGCACCGCCCAUCCCCAACGUCUCCCCUGUUCAGCCCACGACACACGCGACCAUGACAGCAGCAACAGCAACGCGCCGUUCGGCAUUGAGCAAGCGGUCGCUUGCCGCCGACGCCAUGUCUCUUGAACGCCUCCUCCGCGAGGGUCCUCCCAACGGCGAUAUCGAAGGCGCUCUCGAGAGCACGCGUCUCAAAAUUCUCGACCAGGGCAUCAGGUCCGACAGCGACGGCAUGUCGUCGCUCCGCAUUUACGUAUGGCUCAUCCUGCUCAAUGCCCCGAUGCUCGACACCGACUCCUACCUCGCCCUCAUCCACCGCGGCGCCUCCCCCGCCUACUCCAAGAUCCGCAACGACACAUUUCGCACCCUAUCAACCGAUCCUCUCUUCCGGCGCCGCGUGAGCGAGGCCAGCCUCAUACGGCUGCUCAAUGCCUUCGCCUGGACACUACACGACGCUCGUGAGGUUCGCACUCGAGAUCCAAGUGUGGCCAGCAGUACACGCCAUUCGCUGGACCAAUCGAGCAGUCGGCCGGGGACAGGCUAUGGAAGCGAUUACGGGAGCCCGGCUUCGUCGCCCACGGCUAAGAGAGCGCGUGCUUUGACCUUGACGACCGAGGGCUCCGUCACUAGCGUCACUGCGGAAGCAGGCACCUACGUUCAGGGCAUGAAUGUGCUGGCCGCUCCCUUCCUGUACGCCGCUCGCAGCGAGGCCGAGGCCUACGUCGCCUUCCACCAGCUGCUGACCAAGGAAUGCCCCGGAUACAUCCGCGGUGCCAUGGACGGGGUCCACAAGGGCCUGGCGCUGGUCGACAAAGUGCUGGCCAUCGUGGACCCCAAGCUCAGCAUGCACCUGCUCUCCAAAAAUUUGUCGGCCGAGAUUUAUGCCUUCCCGUCUGUCCUGACGCUCUGCGCCUGCACCCCACCGCUGCCCGAGGUGCUGCGCCUUUGGGAUUUUCUCUUUGCCUACGGACCACAUCUCAAUAUUCUGUGCAUUGUUGCGCAGCUGGUCAUGAUCCGCACCAAGAUCAUGGGAUCCGCUAGUCCCAACAAGCUCCUCAGGUCUUUCCCGGCACUCCAGGCCGACCAGAUCAAGCACACCACGCUCGCCAUAAUUCGAAUGAUUCCCGACGACGUCUACGCUGAGAUAGUCGCUCACGCCCGGUAG